AUGACUACUGAGGCUAAGUCAGAUAUGGCAGGCUGGACCUGCUACACCUCGACCAUCCUGCCCAGAGUUCUGGCCAGUCUUCUGACCGGGGACAAGACCAUUUCCAUCUGUGAUUGUUUAACACAAUGUUAUUUUAUUGGUUUCUUUGCAGGUGCAGAAUGCUAUCUGCUAGCGGUGAUGUCUUAUGAUCGGUUCUUGGCGAUAUGCAAACCUCUGCGUUAUGCAGCCCUCAUGAACGGCAGGUUCUGCCUGCAGCUAGCAGCAGGGUCUUGGAUAAAUGGAUUUCUGGCCAUGACCAUAGUAAUAGUUCUUAUGUUACAAUUAAUUUUCUGUGGCCCCAAUGAAAUUGAUCAUUUCUACUGUGAAUCCACAGAAAUACUUAAUCUUUACUGUAGUGACACCAACCAGAUAGAUCUUGUCAUUACCUUCCUGGCUGCUGUAUUUACUCUGCCCCCAUUUGUAUUAACCGUGGCAUCCUACGUAUGUAUCAUCAUCACCAUCCUGAGAAUCCCUUCCACCACCGGGAGGCAGAAAGCCUUUUCCACCUGCUCCUCUCACCUCACUGUAGUGACAAUUUUCUAUGGGGCCAUAAUGAUUCUCUACAUGCUACCAAAAACAAACUCACUGAGAGCCCUGAACAAAGUGUUCUCUGUCUUCUACACAGUUCUGACUCCUAUGGCCAAUCCCUUCAUAUACGGCCUGAGAAACACAGAGGUGAAGGACACUGUAUAA